CAAAUGUUCCUCAAUUAAUAUAUAAGUGAUUGGUCACAUGAAGUUGUUACAUAAUCAAAAUGUUAUCUUCUAAACUCAAAGAAUAAAUUUAAUUAAUAGACCUUUAAUACUGUUUCGCUGGGACCAAACUUAAUAAAACAUUGGCUUAAUAAAACAAAAUUUAAUACAAUUAUACUCUUCAAAUAACUAAUAUUUAGAUCCUUUUGUAUAUGUAAAUGUAUAAGUGUGUUUAUACAAAUAUUUAUACUGUUUAUUAGACAUAAUUGUUUAAAAUUUUAUAUAUAUAUAUAUUGUUCCAUGUGUAUACUACUACACUGUUAUGAAUAUAUUAUAAUUUUUAGAUAUCUUUCUAUUUGAAUGACAAAAAAGAUUACUCCAUAUGCAUAGUGUCUAAGUUUGCUUUGUAUUUUAUACCUAAAAAAUAUGUAUUUUGGUUAAUGUUACUAUUUUGCUUCAUUUUACUAUAAUAGUUAAGUAAAUUGUCAAAUGUUAAUAUGUAUUUUUGUAGUUUAACUUAAAUAUGUACUAGUAAUUUCGUUUCAUUUUGAAAUAUAUAUUUUGUAAAUAUAGGUCUCUUAUUUUAUAUAUUGUGAAUGUUUUUAGAUAUUGUUAUUUUGAUUACUUUAACUAUUUUAAUAUUAAUUUACCAUUUUAUUUUUCUAUAAACUGUAUUUUGGAAUAGUUGCAAAAGUCACAUGAAAAUUGACGGAAAAUUUUCUUACAUUCCAGCACCCAGAUGAAAGCUUCAAGUUUGGCGUGUAAAGGUGAUAGACUUUGUUUUGCGUUUUUUGUCUCCAUCAGUCCCUCAAAAUCUUCAACUGUAAUGUACCAUCCUUGUCCAGAGAAAACAUUCUUAUCAUUCCUAGAUCGAUCUAUAAAACAUUCCUUCUCUGAGGUGUGUACUAUGUGUUUUCUCCUCUCUAGGUUGUGUGAGUUGGAGUUGAGAAUCAUUAUGCUUCGUUGCCAUGUGUGCUUCAUUCCAUAGCAUUACUUAUUUUCUCUACCAAUUGUAAAGUAUAUGUUUAACCUUUUCAAUAUCUUGAUCUGGUCAAAUGCAGCAUAACAAGCCUGUUAAAUCUCUUUAGUCUCGUAAUUUUGUGUUAUCUCUUAAUAAUAACAAAAAGGUGUGGUAAUUAAUGCUCUCUCUCUCUUCUAAAGCCCCUCUUAUGCUCAUAUACUUUUCCGUAUAAAACCAAGGUUUCUGAUCAAGUAUGAACCACCUUGUGUCUCCUUUGAAAUGAAGAAACUUUUAUGGAGUCUGACUCUGUUUGGUGUCAUCUUAAUCCUCCCUGUUAAUGGGGAGAAGUUCAAAGAUUUUAAUGGGACAAAUGUGUAUCAGACCGAAAAUAAUGUCAAUUCCAAAGCAAAGGUUACAAUGGUUGGACUCACUCUCAUUAAAAAUGCUGCUCUGAGAUCAGCAGUGUGUCUAGAUGGAAGUCCUGCCGGUUAUCAUUUUCAUCCCGGGUCUGGUUCAGGAGCAAAGAAUUGGCUCGUUCAUUUGGAGGGAGGCGGAUGGUGUAGUGACACUGAAAGUUGUGAAUACAGCAAAAGAACUAGUCACGGAUCGUCCAAGCAUAUGGAGAAAAAGAUACCUUUUACAGGAAUUCUAAGUGACAAAGCCUCCGAAAAUCCAGACUUUUAUAACUGGAACAGAGUAAAAGUUAGGUACUGUGACGGUGGAUCCUUUAUGGGAGACAAUGAAAAUAAGGAUGCAAAACUUCAGUUUAGAGGAAAGCGAAUAUGGACUUCUGUUAUGUCAGAUUUGCUGUCGAAUGGAAUGGAACAUGCAAAGCAGGGUCUGCUCUCUGGAUGUUCUGCCGGAGGCCUUGCAGCAAUAUUCCAAUGUGAAGACUUUAAGAGUUCACUCAUGUCUUCCACCAGGGUAAAAUGUCUGAGUGAUGCUGGCUUUUUCGUUGAUGCCACUGAUGUCUCUGGAGAUCGAUCUCUGAGACAGUUAUACACCGACGUAAUAGAAUUUCAGAGUAUUACAAACAAUCUCCCUAAUGACUGUUUAAAUCGUCUUAAUCCAACUUCGUGUUUUUUCCCACAAAACCUAAUAAACCAAGUCAAGACUCCAUUGUUUAUUCUAAAUGCUGCAUACGAUUCUUGGCAGAUCCAAGAGAGUUUAACUUCUAAAUCUGCAGAUCCAACUGGAAGUUGGGCUGACUGUACAUUUAACCUCGCCAAGUGCAAUGAAUCCCAGAUCAUGUUCUUUCAAGAGUUCAGGAUUCAUAUGGUGAAUUUGCUCGGUGGAUUCAAAGAGCAGCGUAAGAAUGGAGUGUUUCUUAACUCGUGCUUUUCUCAUUGUCAAACAGAGAGCCAUGACACAUGGUAUUCCAAAAACUCUCCUUCGGUUAAGAACAAGAGGAUUGCAGUUGCUGUGGGAGAUUGGUUUUUCGAAAGAGGAGGAGCAAAAAUCAUAGACUGUGCUUAUCCUUGUGACAAGACUUGCCGCAAUUUAAUUUAAAGGAUAAAUUUGUUUUGUGUUUCUAUUUUUUUGGGCAUCCAAAUCCUUCUUUCAUUCUCCUAACAGCCAAAAACUUUAAUAAAGUAGAAUACCUAAAACGAUUUACCUAACCAAAUUGGUAGUGUCAAAAUUAGUCCGAACCCUUUUUUUUUUAGUAUGAACUAUUGCUAUUAGAAAACUUCGAACAA